GGCAGAAAGUCCGCUGGCGGAGGAACAGUCCGGGUUUGAACUGUUUAUUCCGACGCCAGGCUUCACGCUUUCACUUGGUGCGACUCUGCGCUCAGCUUCGCUCUGAAACUCGUGGAUCGAUGGCCGGGAGUCUGCAGCCGACACAUCUGCUCCACCGGACCUUCUCCCAUGAUCUGUGCCUGUUCCCUGAACUGGACUAAAAACAUGAAGGCGUGUGCGUUUGUCCUGAUUCUGGCUGUGCACAUUCACGCCGACAGCGUAGAGGGACCCACAGCAGCAGGCUGUACAUUUGAUGAGGACUCUGACCCCAGUCUGUGUGAGUUCAGCCAGGGAGAGGAAGAUGAUUUUGAUUGGCAGCUGUUCCGCACCCACACCUCACCUCACACCACCCCUGAUCUUCUGCAUGGCUCCUACAUGAUAGUAAACUCAUCCCAGCAUGCUGCGGGCCAGAGAGCUCAGCUGCUGCUGCAGACGCUCAGCGAGAAUGACACGCACUGCGUCCAGUUCAGCUACUUCCUGUACAGCCGGGACGGACACAGCCCUGGGGCACUGCGAGCAUACGUGCGGGUGAACGGCGGGCCGCUGGGCAUGGCUGUGUGGAACAUCUCGGGCUCUCAAGGGCGCCAGUGGUAUCAGGUGGAGCUGGCAGUCAGCACCUUCUGGCCCAAUGAGUAUCAGGUACUGCUGGAGGCGACUGUAGACCGGUGGGGCUAUAUUGCCGUGGACGACAUCAUGCUGCUGAAUUAUCCCUGUUAUAAAGCCCCCCACUUCUCUCGCCUGGGGGACGUGGAGGUCAACGCUGGACAGAACGCCACCUUCCAGUGCGUAGCAGCAGGAAGAGCAUCGGAGGCAGAGAAGUUUUUACUGGAGCGGCACAAUGGUGAGGUGUCCUCAGGUGCCUCGGUCAAGCACCUGGGCCGCAAUCGUUUUUCAGUGUCCUUCCAGCUGGAGGACGUCCAGAGGCCUGAGCAGGACCUCUACCGCUGUGUUACCCAGUCAUCCAGGGGCUCGGGCGUUUCUAACUUUGCUGAACUCAUUGUCAAAGUGCCUCCCUCUCCCAUUGCUCCGCCCCAGCUGCUGCGAGCGGGUUCCACAUACUUGAUCAUCCAGCUCAACACCAACUCCAUCCUGGGUGAUGGGCCCAUCAUUCGCCGAGAGAUCGAGUAUCGAGCAAGCCACGCACCUUGGUCUGAGAUCAACGGAGUGAACAUGCUCACCUACAAGCUCUGGCACCUGGAUCCAGACACCGAGUACCACAUUAGUGUACUGCUCACGAGGCCUGGAGAAGGUGGCACGGGACCCCCCGGACCCCCUCUUAUCAGCAGAACUAAAUGUGCUGAACCCAUGAGAGCACUGCGUGACUUGAGGGCUUCAGAGAUUCAAGCUCGGCAGCUCACCCUGCAGUGGGAACCUCUGGCCUUUAACCUUACGCGCUGCCACACCUAUUCUGUCUCACUGUGCUACCGCUACGCCAUAGCAGGGGGCACCGGCGGUGCUGGGCACAACACCACCAUCAGAGAGUGCCUAGCAGUGGAGCGCAACACCUCACGCUUCACCCUCCGAGACUUGCCACCCUACCACACCAUCCACGUACGCCUGGCCCUCGCUAACACUGAAGGCAAGAAGGAGGGGAAAGAGGUCAUGUUCCAGACAGAGGAGGACAUUCCUGGCGGAAUCGCCCCAGAGUCUCUAACCUUCACCCCAUUGGAUGACAUGGUCUUUCUAAAGUGGGAGGAGCCAGUGGAGCCCAAUGGUAUCAUUACUCAGUAUGAGAUUAGCUACCAGAGCAUUGAGUCAUCUGAUCCUGGCAUCAAUGUGCCAGGCCCACGGCGCACUGUGUCCAAGCUGAGGAAUGAAACAUACCACAUGUUCUCCAACCUACAUCCAGGCACCACUUACCUCAUCUCAGUACGUGCCCGAACUGCCAAAGGUUUUGGCCAGACAGCCCUCACUGAGAUCACCACCAACAUCUCAGCACCCACCUUUGACUAUGGAGACAUGCCAUCUCCACUGAGGGAGACAGAGAGCACUAUUACGGUGUUGCUGCGUCCUGCCCAAGGCCGCGGUGCCCCAGUCAGUACGUAUCAGGUAGUUGUGGAGGAGGAGAGUGGGAGGAAGUUGAAGAGAGAGCUAGGGACACAGGAAUGUUUUCCCGUUCCCACCUCUCAUGGUGAGGCACAGGCACGUGGCGCUCCGCACUACUACACAGCUGAACUGCCCCCCAGCAGCCUGGCUGAGGCCACACCCUUUACUGUGGGAGACAACCACACCUACAAUGGCUACUGGAACAGCCCACUAGACCCCAGGAAAAACUACCUCAUCUACUUCCAGGCCAUGAGCAACUUCCGAGGGGAAACAAGGAUAAACUGCAUCCGAAUUGCCCGUAAAGCGGCCUGUAAGGACCUCCGGCGGGCUCUGGAGGUGACGCAGCACUCGGAGGAGAUGGGGCUGAUUCUGGGAAUCUGUGCAGGGGGGCUGGUGGUCCUCAUUCUGUUGCUAGGAGCCAUUAUCAUCAUCAUUAAGAAAGGAAGGGACUACUACUCUUACUCUUACUAUCCUAGGAAGCCGGUGAACAUGAAUAAGACUCCCAUUACGUACAGGCAGGAGAAGAGUCAUAUGAUGGGCUCAAUGGAGCGCAGCUUUGCAGACCAGAGCACCCUGCAGGAGGAUGAGAGAAUGGCUCUGUCCUUUAUGGAUGCCCACACCUGCAGUACCCGGAGUGAUCCACGCAGCUCCAUGAAUGAGUCAAGCAGCCUGCUUGGUGGAUCACCGCGGAGGCAUUGUGGCAGUAAAGGUUCUCCAUACCACACGGGACAGCUUCACCCUGCUGUACGUGUAGCUGACCUGCUGCAACACAUCAACCAGAUGAAGACAGCAGAGGGCUACGGAUUCAAACAGGAGUAUGAGAGCUUCUUUGAAGGCUGGGACGUCACAAAGAAGAAGGAUAAAACAAAGGGAAGACACGAUACUCUAAUGGACUAUGAUCGUCACCGCGUGAAGCUGCACCCACUCCUUGGGGAUCCGAACUCCGACUACAUCAAUGCCAAUUAUAUUGAUAUUCGGAUAAACAGGGAAGGCUACCAUCGAUCCAACCACUUCAUCGCCACACAGGGACCCAAGCAGGAGACAGUGUACGAUUUCUGGAGGAUGGUGUGGCAGGAGAACUGCUUCAGCAUCGUUAUGAUUACCAAGCUUGUGGAGGUGGGCAGGGUUAAGUGCUAUAAGUACUGGCCUGAUGACACAGAGAUGUAUGGAGACAUCAAGAUCAGCCUGCUGAAGACAGAAACUCUAGCUGAAUACGCAGUACGCACCUUCUCCUUAGAAAGGAGGGGUUACUCAGCCAAGCAUGAGGUGCAGCAGUUCCACUUUAUGUCAUGGCCAGAGCACGGAGUUCCAUACCAUGCCACAGGCCUGCUGGCCUUCAUCCGCCGGGUCAAAGCCUCUACACCAGCUGAUGCUGGCCCUGUGGUGGUCCACUGCAGUAUGGGGGCUGGCAGGACAGGCUGCUACAUCGUGCUGGAUGUCAUGUUGGACAUGGCGGAGUGUGAGGGAGUGGUGGACAUCUAUAACUGUGUAAAAACUCUCUGUUCCCGUCGCAUCAACAUGAUCCAGACAGAGGAACAGUACAUAUUCAUUCAUGACGCCAUCCUGGAAGCAUGCCUGUGUGGAGAGACAGCUAUACCAGUGAACGAGUUUGCGCUCACAUAUAAGGAGUUGCUAAGGGUUGAUUCCCAGAGCAACUCCUCACAGCUCCGAGAAGAGUUCCAGACGCUGAACUCUGUGACGCCUCACCUGGAUGUGGAGGAGUGCAGCAUCGCACUGUUACCACGGAACCGUGAGAGGAAUCGCAGCAUGGAUGUUUUGCCACCAGACCGUGCUCUGGCUUUCCUGGUUACCACAGAGGGUGAGAGUAACAACUACAUCAAUGCUGCUCUCACUGACAGCUUCCAUCGGCCAGCAGCUUUCAUUGUGACACCCCAUCCUCUGCCUGGCACAACCACCGACUUCUGGAGGCUGGUGUUUGACUAUGGAUGCACCUCCAUCGUCAUGCUCAACCAGCUCAACCAGUCAAACUCAGCCUGGCCUUGUGUGCAGUAUUGGCCCGAGCCUGGUCUCCAGCAGUAUGGCCCCAUGCAGGUCGAGUUUCUCUCCAUGUCUGCUGAUGAAGAUAUCAUCACGCGUCUGUUCCGGGUUACAAAUGUCUCACGGCUACAGGAAGGUCAUCUGGUGGUGUGCCAGUUCCAGUUCCUGCGCUGGUCAGCAUAUCGUGAUGUUCCUGACUCCAAGAAGGCCUUCCUUAACCUGCUCGCCCAUGUGCAGAAGUGGCAAAGAGAAUGUGGCGAUGGGCGCACUGUGGUCCACUGCCUUAAUGGAGGUGGGCGUAGUGGCACAUUUUGUGCAUGUACUAUUCUGAUGGAGAUGAUCCAGUACCAGAACAUGGUGGAUGUCUUCUAUGCCGCUAAAACACUGCGAAAUGCCAAACCCAACAUGGUGGAGUCACUGGAGCAGUACCGCUUCUGUUAUGACCUGGUGAUGGAAUAUUUGGAGUGCAUGGACCUCAGAUAGCAACAUAUCUCAACUAUCCUCUAAAUUCAGAGGAGGACUGCUGGCAGAUUCACUUUCUCUAUUCUCUCCAUCUCUGAGCUCUAUUUCCAUCUCUCUACCUUUCCCUUUUGUCAGCUUGCUCACAUCAAAAUUCUUACCUGGGAGGGGAAGAGCAAAAAAUAAACAUGUGAGCAGAAGCUUUCGCCUUUUCGCCCGGAAUGUUUAGAUGUGGUGGACCAUCCAUGUCCUAGUUGUUUGUGGUUUAGUGUUGUUUUGUCAGCAUCUUUUCCCCUCCUGUUCUCCCCUGAGCUGUGAGCAAUCCAUUCAAAAUAACUCAAAGCCAGCUCUGAUAGUGAGCGCGAGUGUGUCUUGACUUCAUUUCCUGAGAGUGUGACCUGUGUUCUGUACUGUGCUGGGAAUGCUCAAAGACAGAAAGUGUCCCUAGUUGGCUGGGCUGAGGAAACAAAAGAGAUGUGUUCUUAUGUGCAGUACACUAGAGUGAGACAUCUGAGCCAUGGUCUGUAAGAUCAAGAAGGGCCACACACACACACUCUCUCUUUUACCUGAACAUUGAAUCUGCAGCCAGCUCUUCAUUAAUUCAGUUGACAGUGCAUUACUAUGGCUGCAUUUUCGCUAAAGAACCUUGGACAUCCAUUUUAUAAUAAGGUGUCUGGACUGCAUUAUACAAUCCUAAUAUUGUACCUAGUUGAACUGUCUACAAGUGGACCAAUAAGAAUGCAUCAUAUUGGUCCAUGAGUACACAAAGACAGAGUCUAUUAUUUCCUACAAUGCAAAAUUCAAUGUCACUGACUGAGCUGUCAUAAAUUUGAUGGCUUUAAUAUCCUGCACUGGCUCAAUUUUUCUUUUGCUUUUCUCACUUGUACAUAGAUUUAACGUCUGCAGAUGUUCUGUUUGACGUCAAAGGAGCUAAUCCAUCUAAUUUAUGCAGACGGAGUGCAUUAAUGGUCAGUGUCAUCAGACAAAAGGUGGUUUACAGGUUGACCCUGACAUAUGCCCUCAAAUAGCUGAACAAGAGAAGCACUAAUGGAGAUUUACAGUUGAGUUCAGAGGCUGCAACAAGGGCAAACCUAAACUGGAAAGACAGGGGUGGAAUGAUGCAUGGGAAGUCAACCAGUGCCAACUUCUAACCAUUUAUCUUCACUCUGACAUGUAUUUGUCAGUUGGUUACUGUUUAGCAGUUUUGUGGCCCUUUGGCUAAAUGUGGCUGUCUAAGUGUUUAACUGAUGCAGCGUCCUGGACUUACGAUAUGUUAAAAUAUCCCUUUUAAUUUGCACUUUCAGCAGUUGACCCUGGUGACCCACUUCACCAUACAUCUAUACAUGUGUACAUGUGUGUACGGAACAAAUGCAUUAAAUAUCCCAAAAUGACAAGUCAUCAGUAUUCUCAUCUAAUCAGUCUGUAUACAAGUAUUAAUUUUCUAAUAAUUAUUUCCAACUGAAUAUUUCCUAAAAUUUCAAACAGUCAAUAAAAUAAAUGUAUAAUAUUCUUCAAUUUAUGAUUUACUGCUUAUAUGGUAAUGAGAGGAGCAUUUCUUAGUUGCCUACCCAGUAAAUAAGCCAUGCUAAUGUAGUCAUUGCCAAUCAUUAGCCAGUCACUGUGCACAAGUAUCACAUGACUCUUAUAGUCUAGAAAUAGUACCGUCAUUAACUCUCAAUUAAAUCUCAAUGAGACUCUCACUGGGUCAGUGUAUUUUAGGAAGGUCAGUUUAAAAAAAUCAAAAAAUCCCUUCUCGAAAAUCUAUUUUAGUCUGACCAGUUACUAGCUGCCUAGACCCAAGCCAAGCUAGUGAAACUCAUAGGCCAUCUUUGCCAGCUGAUAAGUUAUUUCAGCUUCUUUAUUUACUUGUUUAAUUAAGUUGAUCAUUAAAUGUUUGAGAUUUUCUAAUCGCCUUACUGUUGAGUAAUUUUCUUUAAAUAACGAUGUAGUAUUAGUAGUGGUGACUCAAACUGUUUCCUUCCUAACAGCACUUACCAUCUGGCAAAGAUGGUGUCCCAGUUUGACCAGCUUGAUUCUGUGUUUCGGCAACUGGUAGCUUCUUAGACCAAGCUGGAUUUUUCAGCAGGAAUGUGGCAGAAUAAAACUCUUAAAUCAUACAGCCAAAUGUCUGUAUCUACAUGAAGUGUACUGCGUUAUUAUUGCCAUGGAAUAUCAACAAGCUGUAGUUCAACAGUUGUUCUUGCAAAAUAAUGUAAUUUGCAAAAAUGGAAUAGGAACAGUAUCUAAAACGUGCAUAAUUGCAGUUUUGCAGUGCAUUUUUAAUCACUGCUUAAUCCCUCAGCAUUAAUAAAGUGCAGAAUUAAUGUGCUUUCACCCUGAUUGUGUGCAAACUGCAGAGCAACAGCUGAAGCCAAAUCCAUCUGAACUGGAAUAGCUUGGCCACUGCUCAUAACUAUAUGAAGUCUAGUGCUGUGUUUUAAUAUUAUAAUACUACAUAUAUGUACAGGCUUUGUACAGCAUCCCAGUUUGUUCUAUCUACAUAUGGGUGUAGAGCUUGUUAGUAAUCCCACAACAUUUUAUCAUGUCAUUUUUGACUUGGUUUGUGAAUAUUUCUGAAAACAUUCGAAGCAUCUUAAAAUUAUAUUGGCAUUAAUGAGAGCAUGGGGUAAUUUAGACACUGUCAGAUUCAAUCCAAAUCAGUAGGAUGCUGAACACUGACACUUUCAUUUGCUCUAUUCUGCAUUAACCAUCAAGAUCAGAUUCUAACAGAUGGAUAAGUUUGUACAUGUCUGUCUCAUUAUCCUAAAAGUGGUAAGGAGAGUAAUAAAUGUUGUGUGAGUUAAAUAGGAAAUAGAUACAUGAUUAAAGAUGCUGGAAUCAAUAAAAUAGCAAAAGUCAGAAGUUGAACAUAUAGGGAGUAGUAAAUGAUAAAUGAACAAGUAAUAUAAAUUUAGUUUUAAUUUAUUUUACUGAUUGACUGUUAGGAAAUAAUCAGAUUACUCUAAUAUUCAUUAAUUCUAAUAUUCAAUUAUGUAGCCUAGUACAAUAUCCAUACUGUAUAAUGAUUGAUUUGGUCCACAUACAUUUCCAUAACAUACAACCCAGUUUCAUCUGGAAGAAUACUUGCACACACCUCUCAAAUAAAGCUCUAACUGCAGAGCUGCUAAAAAUGUCAUAUAGGAGAUUCAUCAGGUUAAAUGCCAAAAAACCCACACACAAGAUUUUAGUGCACCUGCUUUGCCAUUUUUAUAGCUGUGUGUAUGUCAUCCCAGAUGUUGGGCUUCUGAGGUGACGGAGUGACGGUAUCUCUAGCCAAUGGCAUCCAGCACAGUCCAAAAUUUCAAGCCAGCAAGCUGGUUUAGAGAGUCAAGGGAAUCCACUGAAUGGUCUGACAGAUGGAACAGUUUAUAAUAGGAAAGAGUUAUUGAGGGCUCAUCCAGAGAAUUUCAAUAUCCUGUAUUUUCUUUUACGACCCUGAACUUUGUGAGAAAGUGCCUGGACCCUCAUAUUGGAAAUGAAGAGUACGUGUACAUAUGGAUGUAUAUUUGUUAAUGUGAAUAGUAUGUGAAUAAACCAAUACGUGCUUGGCCACAUUUAAAAGUAAAUGCUAAAAAAGUUGAAUGUAUUGUACUGUAUAUUACCUUUUGAUUCAUUAAUGUGCCAGCAAAUGAUAUGAUGCAUCUAUCGCCUGCUGUGGAGAUCAAACAAGAGCCACCUAAAGCUCCUCCAUGAAGCCCACCUGUAGUCAUCCCAGACAACAUAACACUGAAUUCUUUCAUUCUGUCUCUCAUACAGUAUUAGAGACAUAUUUGCCAUUUCAUUUGUUCUUUUGUACAGCAUGUUGUUCAAUGGUCCAGUGUGCUUAUUCAGACAGCGUGGAAAAACAGUGGACUUUUGCCAUCAAGUCUGAUAUGGAAACAGCUUUUGGGCAGUUUCUUCCAUGUUGUUAUGAUUAUUUUUCUUCUUUUUGUAAGUGUUUGUGUAUGGUGCUGAAUGGACUGAAAAGAAUAUUGUGUUUUUGACCAUGUAUUUGUGGGUUUGCAAAGGGACAUGGAACCAGAUUUGAGCUUUGAGGGUUGGAUUGGGUUUUUCUGUCUUUAAAAGAAGAUGAAUAAAAGGUUCUACAAUGUA